ACGCGCAGAGAGGCGCAGGAGCUCCAGACGCGCUCUCCAGACGCGAGAGGAGGACGCGGCAGUCCGCUGAGCUUCAAAAGCGGCCAGACAGGCGAGGAGCACUUUGUUUGUUAUCGAGAGCUUUUUAGAAGAGCGUGAGGCGGAAUAAGGCGACGCUGAUAUUCCUGGAGCGUUUCGCGUGCGCAACUGCAGCACGGCAACUUCAGAAACAUCAAGCAGCACAAGUUCUCCAAAAUCUGAGCACCAUGGCAUCGGUCCCCAGCAGCCAAGUCAAAUGCAAGUUCAAGAGGAGGAGGAGGAGAAGGUCUAAGCGAAAAGAGAAAAUGAACAUGUUGUCUGCACGGAUCACCCCCUUCAAGUACAUGAGCCCAGCAGCCAAUUGCACAGAAGAUGAGGACACAUUGAGCACCAGUAGUGCUGAGGUCAAGGAGAACCGUAACACAGGAAAUUUGGAAGAUUGUGCCAUUGUUCCGUCAGACUGCCAAACACUCUUCCUGUCUGAUUCCCCCAGGGACGGGAUGUCUGGCCUCAAGCGAAAGCGACCUUUGGAGGAGGACAAUAACGGACAUUUGUGCAAAUUGCGUCUGUUCUGCAAGAAACUGGCAUGGUCUGAUGCACCAAAGAAUGCUCUGGUCCAGUUAAACGAGCUGAGACCGGGUCUACAAUACCGGAUGGUCUCUCAGACAGGACCGGUGCAUGCACCUCUCUUUUCCAUCGCUGUGGAAGUCAACGGACUCACUUUCGAGGGCACCGGGCCUACCAAGAAAAAGGCUAAGAUGAAGGCAGCUGAGAUGGCUCUCAAGUCAUUCAUCCAGUUUCCCAAUGCCCCGCAAGCACACUUGGCCAUGGGCGGACGGAACAACCCCACGGCCGACUUCACAUCGGACCAGGCCGACUUCCCAGAAACACUGUUCAAAGGCUUCGAGCCUGAUGGCUGUCGCUCUGCCGAGAGCGAGUUGCUGUCUAGCGCCCUCCGUUUGCGCCACACGUUGGACUUGAUGGUUGUGCAGGCUAGGCAAGGAGAUCCUUGCCCUUCUCCACCUCAGUAUCCCACCACCCAGCCCAGCCCGGUCGUCCUGCUCAAUGACUUGCGCCCCGGCUUACGUUACGCCUGCCUGUCGGAGCAUGUCCAAGGCAAACGGGCACACCGCAGCUUCAUCAUGGCCGUUAGAGUGGAUGGCAGGAUAUUCGAGGGCUCGGGUCGCAGUAAGAAGCAGGCGAAGAGGCAGGCGGCAAUGUGUGCCCUACAGGCGCUCUUCAACUUCAGGCUGCCACCUGAGGCGAGAGCGGGACACUGGCCCAGUAGGAUCAAAUGCCCUCAUUUGCCCCAGGAGUUUGCAGAUGCAAUAUUCCACCUGGUGCGAGAAAAGUACGUGGAGCUGGCCGGCUGCUCCUCACUGCUGCACGCACGUCACAAAGGCCUGGCGGGCAUCGUCAUGACCAGAGGUCUGGAUCUCAGACAGGCCCAAGUGGUGGCGCUAUCGACCGGCACUAAAUGCAUUAAUGGAGAGUAUAUCAGUGACCAGGGUCUGGCGGUCAACGACUGUCACGCUGAAAUCACCACCAGACGAGCCCUGCUGCGGUUCCUGUACUCCCAACUAGAGCUACACCUCAGCAAAAGGAAAGAGGACUGGGAGCAAUCGAUCUUCGUACGGCACAGAGAUUCCUGUUUGAGACUCCGAGAGAACGUCCUCUUCCACAUGUACAUCAGUACGUCGCCCUGCGGGGACGCCCGCGUCAACUCGCCGUAUGAAAUCACCUCCGACUUGCACAGCAACAGACACUUGGUAAAGAAGUUUCACAGCCAUCUUCGGACAAAGAUUGAAUCAGGGGAGGGUACGCUGCCCGUGAAGAGCACCGGUCCCGUCCAGACGUGGGACGGAGUCCUUCAAGGAGAACGUCUCAUCACCAUGUCAUGCACAGACAAGAUUUCCAGGUGGAAUGUGCUCGGGCUGCAGGGGGCGCUACUCAGUCAUUUUGUGGAGCCAGUGUAUCUGUACAGCCUGACGGUGGGCAGCUUGAGACACACGGGUCACUUCUCCAGGAUGAUGAACCACAGGCUAGAGAGAGUCGGACCUCUGCCCACCUGCUACUACCGUAACCAGCCUUUUCUUAGCGGCCUGAGCAACAGUGACUGCAGGCAGCAGGGGAAGUCUGUGUGCUACAGUGUCAAUUGGACGACAGGUGACAUCCAACUGGAGAUGCUCAACGCGUCUACUGGGAAGAGGAGGGACUCCGGGGCUCCAUCUAGACUUUGCAAGCAUGCGCUUUUUGAACGUUGGAUCAGACUCUAUCGCAAGCUGGUGGUCCGUGGGGCGAGUGGUAUGCCGCUGUACUGUGAAGCGAAGCAGGCGGCCGGCACCUACCAGACUGUGAAGCUGCAGUGGUUGAAGGGUCUACAGGAAGCAGGAUUAGGGACCUGGGUCAGAAAACCUCCCGAGCAGGAAAACUUCACUUUGACUGUAUGAGUACUGAAGCUUGUCCUCAUCACCAAAACCACCUUCACCUUGCAACCAGUCGCCACAGAAGCCCUUACUCACCCCAGAGUCAACAACAUCCCACUGCCAAAAAACUUCCACUAGUGGAGAACCUUGUUCUGUCGAACUCUCGCAAAAUGUUGCUACUGAGGUAAAGAUGAGGCAUGGAAGAAUUUUGCGUUAGUGUUUUUUCCCCCCCAAACCAGUAAAGCGCAAACACAAACUUACCUCACAGCCGAUUCUGUUGACUUCAUUGGUCAUGCCAGUCACAAUGCCGAAUACGUACCCCUAUCCUUAACCUGAGUCCCCUCACAUUUGAAGCACAUCCCCAUAGAUAGGGUUAGUUUGUUGCAAUUAAAUCCCUUCCAAAAGUCUGGAUUUUUAGUCAGGUUGACUUUGUGAUCGAGUUGACCAAUGACUGAGGGAAGGGACUUGCGCUUAACUGAUAUAGAAGAAAAAUCACUUGUACGAUUCAAUUAAUGUUGACAUUAAACUACAUGAAAGGUCCUAUACUCAUCCUCCACACUUGAUUAAAACAUAGAACCAUAAUGUACCUCCUUGUUCUAGCUAGUCAAAAUUAUUUUUUUUUGCUAUGCAAAGCUAGUAGGCUAAGCUAAGAACAAAUACACCAAAAAAUUAGUUUCAAGCAUUUCUAAUCCGGAUCAGAAUUGAUGGAAUUGCUUUGGUGUCCAAAGGGGACAGGAUCUUGCAGGUCAUUGAAAAAUCCUGUUUAAAACUGCAAUACUUGGAUGACAUAAUUAAAUAGUUGUACACAAAAUAUUGAUUUGAGUUUUAAUAUUUUAUUAGCUCACCAGACGCAAAGCUUCCAUGAAGAAAAACCAUUCCCAGUAAGCACACAGUGCUGACUUCAGUUACCCGGCUGAGCCUGUGUUAUCAGCUUUUACCAGUUGUUAUUGGGGGAUAAAAUACUGCUGGAUGCAGCGAUUGAUCAAUUAUUCCACAGAGCCAUAUUAAUAAACCAUAACAUUCUUGUAAUGAGUUCCAGGAGCUUCUAGAAUACCUUAAGGCCCAAUCCCAUUUCUAAUUGAUAACCCUACGCCUAACCCUUCUCAUUGUCCCUUGAAACAGAGUGUGAAGGGGUAGGGCUGAAAAUAUUCCCCUAAGAAAUGGGACACCACUACUACACUGUUACAUGUCAUCAUACAUCGCCGCCAUGUUAAAGAAAAUUCACGGUUUACACAAACUCAGAUGUGUGGUAAAAGAUAAGUUACCUGCCACUGGACUAGUAUUUAUGUUGUCAAAACAGUGAGUAUCAAUAAAAUAUGUUGUGGAACAGUCAAUAACAUUAGCGAACUGUUAUCAUAGCGAUUUUUUGCAAACCUUUCUUCUGAGAAAAUAACUGUACAUACGAACACAAAAUUGAAUGUAACAUAUAAAAAUGACUUACUUUUAUGGGUCUCUCUGCUUGCUAUGGCAGCCAUAUUGCCAUAUGCGGGGAAAUUUAUCAUACCCUUUCAUUUAAAGUUAGGUCCUCAAAAAUCUUCGUUUGAAGGGUUAUCUGGCCCUUCCCCCUACCCCUAUCCCCUCCGGCCAAAAGAGGAUUGAGACAAACGAAAUGAAGAAGUGGAAGGCGAAAGGGUAAAGGGUAGAAUUGGGAUUGGGCUGUAAGGCGUUCGCACACCGGACGAGAAGCGUCGCGUCACGUCGCGCCACACGUAGAACAACUCGAGGUAUCGCACACCGGACGGGCACAUACUCGCACAUUCAAUUUCGCAGCAAGAUGGGUGAGUUUUAGCUUCAUCUAUUAUUAUUAUUUUAAAUAUAUGAUUUUAAUUGAUAAAAGCUUAAUUGACAGGCAAAUGUUACAAUACUUUAAUAUUUCGCUUAUGUAAAAAUGUCUCAAGAGAAAAAUUAAAUUUUAAAAGUACUACGUUUAUUAUAUAUUUAAUUAUAUAUGUUUACAUUUUAAUUAAGCUGUACAACUAAUACAAGUAGUAUUUUGCAGCAGUGGUAUCUUGGUGUAAUGUAUGAACGAUUUAAAACAAAUAUGAUGUUUUUUUUAAAUAUUAAACUAUGCAGAUGGCGCUCUGUGGCGCGGCAGAAAUUUGAACAGCGUUCUGAGUCGUAGCUGGGCGCCACGGACAGACGCCGAAUGGCGCCGCCGGUGUGUGUACACUCAUAGAGAAUAAUGUGUUCGAACUUUAAAGAUGUGGCGCGACGCGGCACUGUGCUUCUCGUCCGGUGUGCGACCCCCUUUAGUGUGAAGAUAAAUCAUAUAAAAUAUGCUUGUCCUGUUGUGUAACACACCCAAGAUAAGAUUUUCUCUGAAUCUCCAUUCACUGCACUAGACCAGAAGUUGCAGUGGCCAUUGAGGCUAAAUGCAAAAGUGAUUGUCCAUUAUGACAUGUCAAUUACCGCAAAAUAAUUUUAUCCCACAGAAUAAAAAAAAAAUAAUUGGAAGGUUAGAGUUAGCCUUAUGGGGUGUUUCCUUCUGGGAAACAAUGUAUGUAGCUUUCGCGAGAUGUUUGGCAGAACAAGGGUUACCAGCUAACGGAAUAGACAACAAAGGGGGGAUGUGAGAAACGGGGCGAUUUUCUCACAACACAGCAGAUGGAAAGAUGGUCACCUUUCUCUCUUUCUCACCACUGACGGCUCUGCUGUAGCCGUCAUUCAAAGGUGUGUAUGUGUGUUAACCUUCGCCAAAGUGAAAGGCAGCUGCCGUCUUGUCAUUAUCUGCCCGUUUCCGGAUGGCCUGCCCCUGAAGAGCUCCGACACGCUGUCCAAUUAGAGGUCCUGUCAGAGUGAUGCGUCCCUCGUUUUCCUCUCUCUCCUUUGCCUUUGGUUCAUUGGUACAACUUCAAAAUGGGGGGAAAAAAAGAAGGAACGAAAAAACAGUAGGGGUUGACAUUGCAAUGACAGGUUAAUUCAGCUCCAUUCUGGUUGUGCAGGUUAGGGGUAAUGUAAAUGGUGCCAUUACGACACCCCGGGUCUCUUGCUGUUUUUUUAGCAGGUACAGCUUGCUGCUUUAAUACCUCAAUCCCGCUCACCAGUGACAUGUCAUUUCUCCUCUGGUUUCUCUUUGUGUCAGCGCUGUAUCUUACACAGGGUGUUCUGAGCAGAGACCUGCGUGAAAAGAAAGGGAAAUGUCGGCAGUUUGAUGUAGACACAAAAACGAAAAGAAAAUGGAGUUAAGAGUGCGAGUAGAGAUCCGUGAUUAUGGAGUAAUUCGUAGUUGAUGGAUUCAUUUACAAAGCAAGCACAUGUAUGCUCUUUACCCGAGGUUUGACCAGUGAUUCUCCUGCAUUCGUUUAUUUAAUUUACACAUACAUCUCAUUCGUGUCUUUGAAAAAAUAAAAAAUAGAUUUACACUUUUCUGUGGUGUCAAGCUAUCACUGUUUGUCUGUGAAAGAUGUUUAUUGUUGCACGAUUAUUUUAUUUUAUUGUUGAUUCCUUUCAUUGCAUAGUUCAUUGUUAUUGCAUAAUUUGUUACUGCUUUUGAGUAGAUUAUCACAGCUCAUGUGGUUUUUCAUAAGCUUUCAGUCAGUAUAUAUUUUCAAAUGCCACUUUGUCAACCUUUGCUGAGAUAUCAUGCAUCAUCCCUUUACAAACAGCUCAAGAUGUUACAGGGACACCUAGUGGUGGCAAAUAUAUUUAAAUCUUCCUCUGACCCCUUUAAUGUCUGAUGUCAAGUAUUUAUUCAUUUAUUUAUUUUUUUAAAUAAUGAAUCCAUCCCAGCUUAAAUUAUAUUUUUACUAAUAGAAUAUCAAUGCGAAGAUGGUGAAACUGACCGAUCAAAUGUGACCCAGCGUUACCUACCUUUCUCUUUUUUCUGUGAUCUCGACUUAUUCUAUUCCCCACAAUUUCUAAAAUGUUCAACUUGAUGUUGAAUGGAUUGAUCCCUUUCAUAGUUAUUUCCACCACACUGGCAACCCAGUUAGAAAUGUACGUUAUUGGACUUCUAUGUACUGGUUAUUUAAGUGUUUCACUUUUUAUUUAUUUUUUGCAACAUUCAUUUUAUUGUUCGAGUUGAACAUUUUCUUCAUCACACAGCCCCAGACAAAACUGCAUUAAGUAAUUCAGUUGUAAGGCAUGAUUGAAUGGCAAUAUUGUACUAAUGACUGUACAUUUUGUAAAAAUUUGUAUAAAAAAAAAAAAGAAAAAAAAAGGAAAGGACACUUAAGAGGAUAACCUAAAGAUAUAUCUCAAUUUUAACCCAAAAGCAUAUGCUGCUAAGGUUGUGUACAUUGCACUUGAGUUAUAAGUGAAUGUUUAUGUGAAUAAAGACUAAAAUGUUGUGUUACA